AUGAAUACCGUCAAGGUUUUAUUAUUAAUUGCCGCUAAUUAUGAUUGGCCUCUCUAUCAACUUGAUGUUAAAAAUGCAUUCCUACAAGAUUCAUCUAUAUUUGUAAAAAAAAGGAAAAAUGGAAGUGUUGUGGUUCUUGUUUAUGUCGAUGAUAUCAUUGUCACUGGGGAUGAUACCCAAGGAGUUAAACUCAAUGAGACUUCUAUUGAAAUGAAUUCUAAGUUAACUAUUGAAGAUGGUCAACCUCUUAAAGAUAUUGGAAGGUAUCAACGUUUGGAAGGAAAAUUAAUAUAUUUAACCAUCACGAGAUCAGAUAGAACUUAUGUUGUAAGUAUGGCAAGCCAAUUUAUGCAUGCUCCUCGUACUUCUCAUAUGGAAGCUAUCGAGCAGAUCAUAAGAUACCUCAAGGGUUCUCCUGGUAAUAGAUUUUGGAUGCAUAAAAAUCGUCAAGUUGAUAUUCUUGGGUAUUGUGAUGCUGAUUGGGUUGGGAAUUCGUCAUAUAGGAAAUCGACUACUGGUUUCGGCACAUUUGUUGGUGGAAAUAUUAUUACUUAG